AUGUCAGUCACAAUGUGUCAAACGCUGGGCUUUAUUGUCUCUGCCCUGGGUUUUGCUGGAAUCAUCGCAUCCACGUGCCUGGAUAUGUGGAGCACACAGGACCUCUAUGAUAAUCCAGUGACUGCUGUGUACCAGUACCAGGGCUUGUGGAGAAGCUGUGUCAGACAAAGCUCAGGAUUGACAGAAUGCCGACCCUACUUCACCAUCCUUGGGUUACCAGCAAUGUUUCAGGCAUGCAGAGCGUUGAUGAUUGUAGGGAUUGUGCUGGGAGCAGUCGGUUUACUUAUAGCAAUUUUUGCCCUGAAAUGUAUCAGAAUUGGAAGCAUGGAAGACUCUGCCAAAGCCAACAUCACUCUUACAUCUGGAGUUUUGUUCAUCGUAGCAGGUCUUUGUUCAAUAAUUGGUGUGUCAGUCUUUGCCAAUAUGUUGGUGACCAACUUUUGGAUGACCACAUCUAGCAUGUACACAGGCGGAGCCAUCAGUGGUAUGGGAGGGAUGGGAGGUCUGCAGACUCUCCAGACAAGAUACACAUUUGGCUCUGCUUUAUUUGUUGGAUGGGUAGCCGGCGGUAUUUCAUUAAUUGGUGGUGUCAUGAUGUGCAUUGCAUGCAGAGGUUUAAUGCCUGAAGAAACUACAGCUCAUUGGAGGAACAGACCGAGGAAGGAGCGGGCACAGAUGGCUAUGGCUCUAGAGAGGCAGAGCCAGCUGUCAAUCAGGCAACUUGGUGGAGGAUGA